AGGGAGGCGACAGCGGCGGAGGAGGGGGCGUCUCAGAGAAAGGGAGGGAGGGAGCCACCCGGGUGAAGAGACAGCAGCCUCCCGAGCUGCCCCCUCCCACCCAGGCCGGGACCCGGGGGCUCUGGUCGGAUCCAUGGGGGCAGCGAGCUGCGAGGAUGAGGAGCUGGAAUUUAAGCUGGUGUUCGGGGAGGAGAAGGAGGCCCCCCCGCUGGGCGCGGGGGGGUCGGGGGAAGAACCGGACUCGGAAGAUGCCCCACCAUGCUGUCGUUUGGCCCUGGGGGAGCCCCCUCCCUAUGGCGCUGCCCCUAUUGGCAUCCCCCGGCCUCCGCCCCCUCGGCCCGGCAUGCACUCCCCGCCGCCACGCCCGGCCCCCUCACCUGGCACCUGGGAGAGCCAGCCCGCCCGGUCGGUGAGGCUCGGGGGGCCGGGAGGGGGUGCCGGGGGUCCCGGGGGCGGCCGCGUUCUCGAGUGUCCCAGCAUCCGCAUCACCUCCAUCUCUCCCACGCCCGACCCGCCCGCCUCCCUGGACGACAACCCCGACGCCUGGGGGGACGGCUCUCCCCGCGAUUACCCCCCACCAGAAGGCUUUGGGGGCUACCGAGAGGCAGGCGGCCAGGGCGGGGGUGCCUUCUUCAGUCCGAGCCCGGGCAGCAGCAGCUUGUCCUCGUGGAGCUUCUUCUCCGACGCCUCGGACGAGGCUGCCCUGUACGCUGCCUGCGACGAGGUGGAGUCGGAGCUUAACGAGGCAGCUUCCCGCUUCGGCCUGGGCUCGCCGCUGCCUUCGCCCCGGGCCUCCCCGAGGCCGUGGACCCCCGAGGAUCCCUGGAGCCUGUACGGGCCAAGUCCUGGAGGCCGCGGGCCGGAGGACAGCUGGCUCCUCCUCAGCGCUCCUGGGCCCACGCCGGCCUCGCCCCGGCCUUCAUCCCCGUGCGGCAAGCGGCGCUAUUCCAGCUCGGGCACCCCAUCUUCGGCCUCCCCAGCGCUGUCCCGCCGGGGCAGCUUGGGGGAAGAGGGCCCUGAGCCACCUCCACCACCCCCCCUGCCUCUGGCCCGAGACCCUGGCUCACCCGGCCCCUUUGACUACAUGGGGGCCCCGCCAGCUGAGAGCAUCCCGCAGAAGACGCGGCGAACCUCAAGCGAGCAGGCGGUGGCCCUGCCUCGGCCGGAGGAGUCCACCCCGUGCAAUGGGAAGCUGCCCUCUGGGACGGAGGAGGCCCCCGCUCCCCCUGGGGGUGCCCGGAAGGAGGUGGCUGGCAUGGACUACCUGGCGGUGCCCUCCCCACUGGCUUGGUCCAAGGCCCGCAUUGGGGGACACAGCCCCGUCUUCAGGACCUCUGCCCUGCCCCCUCUGGAUUGGCCUCUGCCCAGCCAGUAUGAGCAGCUGGAGCUGAGGAUCGAGGUACAGCCUAGAGCCCACCACCGGGCCCACUACGAGACAGAGGGCAGUCGUGGAGCAGUUAAAGCAGCCCCUGGCGGUCACCCUGUGGUCAAGCUCCUGGGCUACAGUGAGAAGCCACUGACCCUACAGAUGUUCAUCGGUACUGCGGAUGAGAGGAAUCUGCGGCCUCAUGCCUUCUAUCAGGUGCACCGUAUCACAGGCAAGAUGGUGGCCACGGCCAGCUAUGAAGCUGUCGUCAGCGGCACCAAGGUGCUGGAGAUGACUCUGCUCCCCGAGAACAACAUGGCGGCCAACAUUGACUGUGCCGGGAUCCUGAAGCUUCGGAAUUCUGACAUUGAGCUGCGGAAGGGCGAGACGGACAUUGGGCGCAAAAACACCCGAGUGCGGCUGGUGUUCCGGGUACACGUGCCCCAGGGCGGUGGGAAGGUCGUCUCCGUGCAGGCGGCGUCGGUGCCCAUCGAGUGCUCCCAGCGCUCGGCCCAGGAGCUGCCCCAGGUGGAGGCCUACAGCCCCAGCGCCUGCUCGGUGAGAGGAGGCGAGGAACUAGUGCUGACUGGCUCCAACUUCCUGCCAGACUCCAAGGUGGUGUUCAUUGAGAGGGGCCCAGAUGGAAAGCUGCAAUGGGAGGAGGAGGCCACGGUGAACCGACUGCAGAGCAAUGAGGUGACGCUGACCCUGACCGUCCCAGCGUACAGCAACAAGAGGGUGUCCCGGCCAGUCCAGGUCUACUUCUACGUCUCCAAUGGGCGGAGGAAGCGCAGUCCUACCCAGAGUUUCAAGUUCCUGCCUGUGAUCUUCAAGGAGGAGCCCUUGCCGGACUCAUCUCUCCGGGGAUUCCCCUCUGCACCGGGCCCCCCCUUCGGCACUGACAUGGACUUCUCACCACCCAGGCCCCCCUACCCCUCCUAUCCCCAGGAAGACCCCGCUUAUGAAACUCCUUACCUGUCGGAAGGCUUCGGCUAUGGCACACCCCCUCUCUACCCCCAGACGGGGCCCCCACCAUCCUACAGACCGGGCCUGCGCAUGUUCCCUGAGACUGGGGGCACCGCAGGCUGUGCCCGCCCCCCUCCCGUUUCCUUCCUUCCCCGGCCCUUCCCUAGUGACCCAUACGGAGGCCGUGCCUCCUCUUUCCCCCUGGGGGUUCCAUUCCCCCCUCCUCCUCCAGCCCCCUUUCGGCCUCCACUCCCUUCAUCCCCACCACUUGAAGGCCCCUUCCCCCCCCAGAGCGGUGUUCCUACCCUACCUGCUGAGGGCUAUGAUGAGGUAGGGCCAGGCUAUGGCCCUGGGGAGGGGGCUCCGGAGCAGGAGAAAUCCAGGGGUGGCUACAGCAGCGGCUUCCGAGACAGUGCCCCUGUCCAGGGUAUCACGCUGGAGGAAGUGAGUGAGAUCAUUGGCCGAGACCUGAGUGGCUUCCCUGCACCUCCCGGAGAAGAACCUCCUGCCUGAAACAUCGCUCGGCAACCCCCGCCCCGACUCAGCCCUGCCCCCUGUCCCUCCCUCCUGGGGUAGUGGCUCCAGAGGCUUGGACCAGGGACCCACUCUGGUUCCUCUUUCCCCAGCUUCUGCCAAGCCCCUGGCUCCCUUCCCCUCCCCCGAGCUGAGAUAUGGUCCCAGGCCUGGUGCUGCCGUGGAGGCCUGGGGGCGGAGGAGGGUGGAGGACCAGCCAGGACCAGGUGCCAGAACUGACUGGCGUGAAGACAGGGUGCAGGCCGUGCAGGCUGUGGUGCUGGGAGGCAGGGGCAGGGCGAUGGGUAAUAAAGUACUCCCUGA